UUCUGCUCCAGAAGAAAAUUAAGCGAUUUUUCUUCCAUUUAAGAAACCUAAAAAUACGCAUCUGUUAAUCAUAAAGCGGCGUCAGCAGCUCUGACGGAAUCGGAGUGUGAUCCGUUUACUUCUGAUAAAUGUCUCAUGCUUAACCUGCUGAACGGGAAGAGUUUUUCACCGGAUUUUAAAUAAUCGGCAUUACAAAGGUUUCACGACCUGGACCGAAACGAAUUUGAGCUAAAAUGAAAAACGAUCAAAAUCAUCAGGGGCCUUGUGUUCUGAAAAUUAGACAGUUGAUGUAUAUCACUUCUGUCAUCAUCAUCAUUCUACUGCUUUGGACCAUCUAUCUGCUGUUUUGGACUGACAAAACCUUCGCCCACUGGAUCCUGUACUAUGGAGGAGCCUCAAGUUCGCCAAUCUUACAUCAACUAAAUAUGAUUCAGAAGAGUAGUCAAGGACAUGUUGCUUUGCAACUGCCGAGAACAAUGGAGCUUCAGAGACAACAAUUCCCCCAGAGCAUUAAGAAGGUUAAAGGCACAAGGACCCUACUGGUAUCGGCUUAUCUGGAACACCGCACAGGCGAAAAACAGGUUCGUGUCAUUGCAGUGGUGCUGCGGAGUGAGAAGGUGGCCUAUCGCUGUCUCUUUCGUUGCCAGGAGAAGCAGCUCCUCUCUAAUGGUGUGGCCGACAUCCACACUGAUCACUUUGGUUUUGCCUAUGGGACAGCAGACAUCAUGUGCCCCCUCCCCUCAGGCUGUGAGACACCAUCUUCGAUUGCCGUGACCUCCACUGAUGCCAACUCUAACAAUGAUCCCAACCAAGAGUUUUUAGAGGUGCAGAACCAGCAGGAGAAGACAGAUUCUUUUCCUUACCAAUUCACCGUCUGCAUCUCCACCAUGUUUGAUUUUACCAACGUGCUGCAGCUGGUACAGAGUCUUGAGAUGCUGCAGUUACUGGGAGUGAACAGAGUGGUUGUCUAUAAAACCAGCUGCAGUCCUGAAACACAACGAAUACUGGACUACUACACACAAAAAGGUUUAGUGGAGGUGAUUCCUUGGUCUCUGUCCACAUAUGUGAACGUGUCUCGUGGCUGGCUGCCUGAACAUGGUCCCGGUGAACUUCACUACUUUGGUCAGAUUCCUGCUCUCAAUGACUGCCUUUACAGAUACAUGUACCAGUCCAGAUAUGUGGCUCUACAUGAUAUAGAUGAGCUCAUACUGCCCCAGAAAGUCAUCAGGUAUGUGUGUGUAUUUUCAUGGUUUAUUAUGAAGAUGGAAAAUAUGUGCAGUGAUAAACUAAAACAUGUGCUGCUAACAUACAUGGAAAUACAAAAUCUAAGACAAAACAAGAACAGUUUGUAUGAUUAGAGAGGUCAAUGAGGUUGAAAGUCAAUAUUUAUAAUUUU